AUGACCAGAUUUUCCAUACCAGGCAAGAUCAUCUUAUAUGGAACACCGGCCGAAGAAGGCGGCGGUGGAAAGAUCAAACUCCUCGAAGCAGGGGCAUAUUCCGACCACAAAGUCGACAUCAACCUCAUCUCCCAUCCCGGAAAAGUAGCUGAUUGCGCUUUAAUGAGAACGAAUGCAUACAUGAGCUUUAAGGUGGAGUAUUUCGGCAAAGAAGCACACGCUGCAGCUGCUCCAUGGGAAGGUAUUAAUGCUCUUGACGCGUUGAUCACGGCGUACAAUGUAUUGAGUGUUUUGAGACAGCAGACUAUGCCGGGAGAUAUCAUUCAAGGACACAUCACAGAUGGUGGCGCAGCUCCGAAUAUCAUCCAUGCAUACGCAGCAGGAAUUUUCGUCACCAGAGCAUUGAGCAAGCAGAGAUUACAGGUCCUGAGGAAGAAAGUUAACAAGUGUUUUGAAGCCGGUGCCGAAGCUACAGGUGCGAAGUUGAAGAUCACUGAAAUCAUGGGAUAUGAUGACCAUGUCCCCAAUAGAGCUCUUUGCAAGGUGUCGAGACAAGUCAUGAAUGCUCUAGGAAGCGAUAUUCCUCCUCCAGAUGUGGAUAUAAUCCGUGGAGCGACUCAGGCGAGUACGGAUCAGGGGAAUAUCAGUUAUGCCAUGCCGAGCGUGAGCUUGGGGUUCAAGAUAAAAAGUACUGAAGGGCCUCAUAAUCCAGGUUUUGCGGCAGCUGCGAGGACGAAGGAAGCUCACGUUGCUGCUUUGAGAGCUGGGAAGGCUUUGGCUGUCACUGGACUGGAGGCAUUGACUGAUGAGAAGUUGUUGAAAGCUGCGAAGGAGGAGUUUGAGGAUAUGCUGAGGGGUUCGGUGAAAUAA